AUGUCGGCAACAACAACAACGCCAACAGCAUCGUCACUUGAGCUGAAGGUUGAGCCUUCGCCCGUUACCGAGCCAUCUUCAAGUGCAGUCGGCGCUGUCGCCACAGGUGGCUAUCCGUUCGCUGACAUCCCGGUGAUCAAGGACUUGUACAAAAAGCGGCAGUGGCAGCUGGAGCACAUGGCAGGGGCAUUUCGCGUCUUUGCGCGCAAAGGCUUCACCGAGGGCACGAGCGGACACAUCUCUGUGCGUGACCCCGUCUACCCCGACACCUUCUGGAUCAACCCAAUGGGCAAGCACUGUGGCAUGCUCAAGGCCAGCGUCAUGGUACACAUUGACGAGAACGGGCAGGUCAUCGGAGGCAACAAGGUCGCCCUCAACACCGCCGGCUUCGUUAUUCACAGCGCCAUCCACCACGCCCGGCCGGACAUCCACGCCGCAUGCCACAUACACUCGCCGGCCGGCAAGGCGUGGUCGGCGUUUGGUAGGCCAGUUGAAAUCAUCAACCAAGACUCAUGCAACUUUUACGGCACGCAGGCCGUAUUUCGCGACUUUGGCGGUGUGGUUCUGGGUGACGAGGAGGCCAGAAGGAUAGCGCAGGCGUUGGCCGACAAGAACCGGGUCGUCUUUCUACAGAACCACGGCCUAUUGACUACUGGAGGCACCGCCGAUGAAGCUGCUUACCUAUUCACGUGUCUUGAGAGGACAUGUGAGGUGCAGCUCAUGGUCGAGGCUGUGGGGUUGCCCAAGAACCUCAUCUCGGAUAAGGCGGCUGCCUUUACUGCCAGCGUCAACGCGGACCCGGAAACUCUAUAUACGGGAUUCCAGCCAGAUUUAGAGAUUGAGAUCUGGAAGUCAAAGGGCGACCUGUGCAAGGGAGAUUAG